AUGUGGCACGCUGGCACACGUGUGCACACCCGCCCUUGUGCCGACAUGUGAGCGUGUGUGAGCGCCGCGUGCGGUGCGUCUGAGCCACGCGCAAACCCCGCACGUCCCCGGCCGGGACUCGAACCCUCGGCUCUCCGUCCCAUCCCGGGCUCAGACCUCGCACCGCCCCUCAACGGGAGACACGACCGCUUCCGGUCAAAUCCCGGAAGCGCCGCGGGCUGCGCGCUGCGUUUCCGGCCACUCCCAGGAAGUCCGACGCCUUGCGGUGCACCCUGGGAGCUGUGGUGUUUUCUCGUGACGUCAUCGCGGCGGCUCCUUCGGUGCGAACUACGCCUCCCAGCAGCCUUUGCGCGCCGGCGGCCGCCAUCUUGUUUCACCGGCGUGAGCGCUGAGCCGGGGGGGGUUCGGUGCCGGCGGCUCCGCGGACGAUGCUGGCCGCCCUUUGGGGCCGCCCGCCGCCGCCGGGCCUGGCUCGGCUCGUCGGGCCUUGCCGGUGGUUCCGUGCCCCGCGGGCCGCUCCCGGAGAUCCGGAGGUGCGCACCGCGGCCGAAUGGCUCCGCUUGAUGCCUGGAUCCGCCGCCAGAGGCCGCCGCCAUCCCGUGAGGACGACGAGCGCAGAGCCGCUUUGGCGGGGAGCGACCGCGGGGGGGCGGCUGCCGUGCUGGGACAGCGCCGGGCCCGGGCCGAGCCGUAACUUAACGACUGAGCCACGAAGGGAACGGAGCGGCCAUGGGAAACCCCCCCCCGGGGCGGCGUUGGUUGCGCUGGGCGCGCUGGCAGCGUGCUUCGGGAGGGAGCGAUCCGCCAAGGAUGCUCUGCUGGAAGCCGCCAGGAUCAACAACGUUUCCGAAGUCAACAGGUGAGCAGAUUGCUAGAGGUG